ACACACAACAGCCAACACACACAACUACAACCAACACACAACUACAGCCAACACACACACAACAACAGCCAACACACACACAACAACAGCCAACACACACACACACACACACACACACACACACACACACACACACACACACACACACACACACACACACACACACACACACACACACACACACUGACCUCCACUGUGUGACCACUCCAGUUAAUAGCCUGAUCCCUUCUGUGACACUAAAAAGCUCCUCUAAUCCACCCGGACUGGAGCCUAGUUCACCUAAACAGUGGGUCACAUGUACUCUAUCUCUACAUGACUGUUCUCAACUUGUGCUGUGUGUGUGUACAUGUGUGUACGUGUGUGUACAUGUGUGUACGUGUGUGUAUGCAGGAAUGCUGCUGGCAGGUCUCCUGCUGCGGAACCUCCCCUACGUCACCGACGCCGUCGUCAUCAGCUCACACUGGUCGGCGGCUCUGAGGAACGUCGCCCUGUCAAUCAUCCUGACCAGAGCCGGUCUGGGCCUGGACCCCUCGGCUCUGCGGCGUCUGAAAUCAGUGUGUGUGCGUGUGGCCGUCGGUCCCUGUGUGGUGGAGGCCUGCGUUGUUGCCGUGGUCUCCCACUUCCUGCUGGAGCUGCCGUGGGCGUGGAGCUUCAUACUGGGAUUCGUCCUGGCCGCCGUGUCUCCUGCUGUGGUCGUCCCCUCGAUGCUGCUGCUGCAGACUGAAGGUUAUGGGGUGGAGAAGGGGAUCCCCACUCUGCUGAUGGCGGCUGGAAGCUUCGAUGAUGUUCUCGCCAUAACAGGGUUCUCCACCUGCCUGGGCAUCGCCUUCUCCACAGGGUCCACGUGGAUGAACAUACUGAAGGGUCUGCUGGAGGUCGGGGGCGGGGUCACAGCUGGGCUGCUGCUGGGCUGCUUCCUGAGCCUCUUCCCCAGUAACGACCAGGAGGACCUGGUCUUGAGGAGGACGCUCAUGCUGCUGGGACUGUCCACCUUCUCGGUGUUCUGCAGCCACGCGGUGGGCUUCGCGGGGGCCGGAGGCCUCUGUACGCUGGUGCUGGCGUUCCUGGCUGCGCUGAGCUGGAAGGCAGACAAGGGCCCGGUGGCAGCGCUGAUGGGCCGAGCCUGGGACGUGUUCCAGCCGCUUCUGUUUGGCCUGAUUGGAGCCGAGAUCACCAUCAGCAGCCUGAGCGGCAGAACCGUGGGGCUGGGCGUGGCCUGUCUCACCGUCGGUCUGCUCGUGCGUCUGCUCGUCACCUUUCUGCUGGUUCACUUUGGAGGGUUCAGCCUGAAGGAGAAAGUCUUCAUCGCCUUGGCCUGGCUGCCGAAGGCCACCGUGCAGGCCGCCAUCGGCUCCAAGGCGCUGGACAUGGCCAGGGAGGAGGGCGCCGAGGCCUCCGCGGGGUUCGGCCUGGACGUGCUAACGCUAGCUGUGCUAGCCAUCCUGAUCACGGCUCCCAUCGGGGCUCUGGGUAUCGGUCUGGCGGGACCACGCCUCCUCGCCCGACAGGUCAAAGGUGGAAGCGAGGGCGAAGACGCGGACCGUGGCAGCGACGCGCUCGGAGCUUUGGAGAGCAAGUUAUGAGGCUUCAGAACCUCGGACCCAUCGCUUUCAGUCCUGUGGCCGGUUUCACUGCGCCUGCACUCACACACACACGCACACAUAGAAGCACGCACACAUAGACACACACACACAUAGAAGCACGCACACACGCACACAUAGAAGCACGCACACACACAUAGACACACACACACACAUAGACACACACACACACACAUAGACACACACACACUCACACACAUAGAAACACACACACACACACACACACACAUAGACACACACACACACAUAGACACACACACAUACACACAUAGAAGCACGCACGCACGCAUGCACGCACACAUAGAAGCACGCACGCACGCACACACCCACAGACACACACGCACGCACGCUCACACACACACCUGAUUAUAUCCUCUGACCACAGACUUCCACUUCACACCAUCACUAAGACAAAGACGCUCUGUUCUCAGUUCGUAUCAGCAGGUGAAAGCUUUAACUCUGUAGUAACGUGUCUUUCACAGCUUCAUGUAACACAACUGCUACAAAAUGAUAACAUUAAUAAACCUGCUCUCACUGAGAUGUCUUGGUCCU